AUGCGUGAGGCGAUCUGCAUCCACAUCGGUCAGGGCGGCGUGCAGAUCGGCAAUGCUUGCUGGGAGCUCUUCUGCCUCGAGCACGGCAUCCAGCCGGACGGCCAGAUGCCAUCCGACAAGACGAUUGGUGGAGGAGACGAUGCAUUUAAUACCUUUUUCAGCGAGACCGGGGCGGGCAAGCACGUGCCACGCUGCGUGAUGGUGGAUUUGGAGCCUACGGUCGUGGAUGAGGUCCGUACAGGCACGUAUCGCCAGCUUUUCCAUCCGGAGCAGCUCAUCUCCGGAAAGGAGGAUGCUGCAAAUAAUUUCGCUCGUGGACAUUACACCAUCGGGAAAGAGAUCGUGGACCUGGUGUUGGACCGCAUCAGGAAGCUUGCUGACAACUGCACAGGACUCCAAGGCUUCUGCGUCUACAACGCAUGCGGCGGCGGAACAGGAUCCGGCCUUGGCUGCCUCAUGCUGGAGAGGCUGUCCGUGGAUUAUGGCAAGAAGAGCAAGAUCUCCUUCACCGUGUGGUGCUGCCCUCAGGUGGCUACUGCCGUCGUCGAGCCGUACAACACAGUCCUGUGCGUGCAUUCUCUCCUGGAGCACACCGAUGUGACCAUCAUGUACGACAACGAGGCUUUGUAUGAUAUUUGCCGCAGGAACCUGGACAUCGAGCGACCCACGUACACCAACCUGAACCGCCUCAUCGCUCAGAUCAUUUCAAGCUUGACCGCAUCGCUGCGCUUCGAUGGCGCCUUGAACGUGGACAUCACGGAGUUCCAGACGAACCUG